AAACAAAAACACGGGACUUGUUACGACGCACCGGCACAUUGCUCUUUUGCGUCUCGACGCAUAUCACGCUUAAUUUUCAGACGCAUCGGCUAGCAAGUGGGGAAAGGGGAAAGUAUAAACAAAGCCAGUGGAAGAAUAUAAAAAGCCCGCGUCGCGUCUAAUUACAAAACAUUUGAAUCUAAUUGAUUGUCAGCAAAAGUGAUACCGAAAGUGCAUAAAAUCGCUCGUCGGUUAUCAGUUUGUGAUAGUUUUUUUUUUAUAUCGAAAGAAAAAAAAUGCGUCCUCCGUCACAAUAUCCGCAGGAAAUUGCUCAAGAAGCUGAAGGGGAACCGGAUCCCAGGCUGGGAGCGAUGAUGAUUUGUACCAGAUUGGCCGGAAGGGCCGUAAUACGGGUCAUCGGACGUUGUAACGAUGCUAAAGAAAAUGAAAAUCUUGAUUUAUCUGAUUGUCAGUUAAUGCAAGUACCAGAUGCAGUUUACCAUUUAAUGAGGCAUACUGAGUUGAAAUCCUGUGAUCUCAGCGAUAAUGUUAUCACUAAAAUACCACCCAAAUUUGCAACAAAGUUCAAUCUUAUCACAGAUCUUAAUUUGUCGCACAAUCAAGUUUCAAAAUUACCUGAUGAAUGCGUCGGGUUAGGAGAAUUGGAGAGAAUAGACAUUUCUUAUAAUACUUUUAUAGAACUGCCCAGCUGUAUCUUUAAAAUACCAAAGUUAAGGCACAUUAAUGCUAGUAACAAUAGUAUAGUUGAUUUGGACGUAGAUUGUUUGAAAGAAGCUCCUUCAUUAGAAUCAAUAGAUCUCACAAACAACCCAUUGGCGCCUAGAAUAUACGAUCAAUUGUCAAGAGUAUCCCAUUUACAAAUUGUGUUAUCUCCACGCGAAAAAGAGGAUUGGGAGGAUCUCACUAUUUAAUUUUUUAAUAUCUUGUGAUUUGGUGCUAUAGACUGAAAAGUCCAAAAGAAAAACAAUAAGUUUGGUUAAUGCUUGGCGUAGGGUCGUUUAUUAAUAAAAAGAAAUGAAUAUUUUAAGUUACAAAUUUUUCUUUUUUAAAAACAAUAAAGAAAGUUAAUUAAGUAAUGUUCAUUUGUCUAAUACUUCAAAAAUAACGACUCUCCCAUGUAUUUCAACAAGAUAUUUGUAUUUUUAUAUAAAGGGUAUUACGAAUAGAUGUAGGUAAUUUAAAAUGAGAUUUAUACUAAUUUCUUUGGUACUUAUUCAAAAGUACCUGAUGUGUGGAUAUUUUUUUUGUACUGACUUCUUAUUAAAUUGACAUAAAAUUCUAUACGUUGACAAUAAUUCUGGUUACCAUCUAGUCAUAUGUUAUGUGAUAAGGAUCAUAAUGUGUCCUUUGGUAUUUAAGCGAAUCGGAUGUACUUUAUACAACUAUCAAAUAAAAAUGUAUAUCAUAA